UAAAUGAAAGGGGUUUAGUAGAUUACAUAUUUCUUCCCAACAGUCCACAUUUGUGUCCAAAGGCUACUCCUCCAAACACUGAUUUAAAGGAUUAUCUAUAAUGACUAAUUUGGGUUCUCCAAAGAAGAUCUUGAUGUUAUGUGGCGAUUACAUGGAAGACCUUGAGGCAAUAGUUCCUUUUCAGGCAUUGCAAGCGUUUGGAUUGUCGGUUGAUGCUGUUUGCCCUGAUAAAAAAUCCGGUGAUAUUUGUCGCACGGUUCUUUAUCGUAUAACUCCUCAUCAGACGUAUUCAGAAGAGAGAGCUCACAACUUUACUCUGAAUGCAACUUUUGAUGAGAUUGAUGUAAGUUCAUAUGAUGGGUUGGUUAUACCUGGAGCACGUGCUCCAGAAUAUCUUGCAACAUAUGAAUCUGUGGUGAAAAUGGCUAAACAUUUUGCCAUAUUUGGAAAACCCAUUGCUUCCAUCUGUCAUGGAUCACUUAUCUUGGCAGCUGGGGGUGUUUUGAAAGGUCGAACGCUUACAGCAUUUCCUACUCUGGGACCCGUGCUUGUUACUGCUGGCGCUAAUUGGAUACAACCUGAGACAAUGGCAUCAUGUUACGUUGAUGGAAAUUUAAUCACCGGAGCUGCUUACUAUGGGCAUGCCGAGUUUAUUGGUAAUUUCAUUAAGGCAUUAAAAGGAACUGUCACUGGUUUCAACAAACGGAUUCUAGUCCUCUGUGAGGAUUUUAUGGAAGAAUAUGAGAUAUAUGUUCCUUUUCAGUCCCUUCAAAUUCUUGGAUGCCAUGUAGAUUCCGUUUCCCCCAAAAUCGAAAAGGGUGAUAGGUGCUAUACAGCUAUCCAUGAAUUUGAGGGGGACCAGAAUUUUAGUGAAAAAAAUGGACAUGAAUUCGAAAUGACAACUACCUUUAAGGACAUAGAUGCUUCAAGUUAUGAUGCUCUUGUUAUCCCUGGAGGUCGAGGUCCAGAAUACCUGGCACUACACCAAGAUGCUAUUAAUUUGGUGAAAUAUUUUGUGGACUCUCGAAAGGUCGUUGCAUCCAUAGGAUAUGGGCAACAAAUUUUGGCUGCUGCUGAUGUUCUUAAGGGCAAGAAAUGUACUGCAUAUCCUGCUGCCAAACUUCAUGUGGUAUUGGCUGGUGCAACCUGGAUAGAACCUGACUCAGUAGAUGGUUGCUAUGCUGAUGGAAAUUUAGUGACCGGAGUAGGCUGGCCAAAACACCCUCAAUUCAUUGCUAAGUUAAUGGAAGUACUUGGUGUAAAGCUAAGUUUUUAGCACACCCACAACAUGACAUAUUUGUUGUCGGUUUAAUAAGUCGGA